AUGCACCAUCUUAAUAUCCUUCUAUCCCUCGGCCUCGCUGUCCUCCCCCAGCAGGCCCAGGCGCAACAGAGUCCCUGUCCUCUCUUGGGCGCCAUCUUUCCGCCCGUCCAGCACCCGCUAAAGUCCAAUUCUUUCUCAAACACCAUCGCCCACCUCAACACCAUCUUCAAGAAUCUCGAUAAAAACGGCACCCUUGAUGAGUUCAACACCACUUUCUAUGUCCAGGCCUUCUCCGCUUCAGACACUCUCUUCCAGCAUGGAUACAUCCCUUCCUCUAUGAAGGGUUUCCUAACCUCAGGAACGCUCAAUGAGAAUACUAUUUUCCGCAUCGGGAGUGUUUCAAAGCUUCUUACGGUUUAUAACCUCCUCGCUGAGGUGGGAAUGAAGCGUAUGAAUGAUCCUGUCACCAAGUGGGUCCCUGAGCUUGCGCGUGCCGCCAAGAAGAACAAAGGUGAUCCUGUCCGCAGAGUCCAGUGGGAUGAGGUUACUAUCGGGCAACUUUCCGGGCAUUUAUCAGGCAUUAGUCGGAACUUCGGGCUCUUUGACGUGAGUUCUUUAUUCGAAUCCACUCACGAGAACCCCGAAAAAUAUGGACUCCCUGUCCUUGACAACAAGGAGAAGCUAAAUUGCAGCAUCUCAGAUCCAUCCCUAGGACCUUGCUCCCGUGAGGAGUUCUUCCAAGGCAUUACUGCUAAAACUGCCUUCCCUAUCACAUCCACUGGAAACACCCCCGUGUACUCUAACAUGGCAUACCAAAUUCUCGCCUACGCGCUAGAGGGUAUGACCGGAAAGUCUUUCGAAAAGUCCAUCAAAUCCUCACUCCUCGAUCCUCUUCGUAUGAAGCGUACAACCCUGGAGGCCCCCAAAAACAAGAAAAACGCCAUGAUACCCGAGAAUGAGCUGCUCUCCUGGUGGAAUCUCACCACAGGCGACGCUAGUCCCUAUGGCGGCAUGUUUUCUACGGCUGCAGACCUCACACGCCUCGGCCAAUCUAUCCUCAAGUCUUCAAUCCUUGACCCCGCCACCACCCGCUCCUGGCUCAAGCCUAUUACUCAUACCGCGGACCUCUACAUGUCCGUUGGAAUGCCUUGGGAGAUCCGCCGCAUGCACCUCCCCCUUGGUCGCAGCGGUACGCGGAUCGUCGAUCUCUACACCAAGAAUGGCGCCUUAGGACUUUACACUGCGAUUCUUGUCCUUUCUCCAGACCAUGAGAUCGGCUACGUGGCGCUUAUUGCAGGGCCUGGUCGUGCCGGUUUGCUGAGCUACCUUCCCGAACUUCUCACGGAGACACUGCUGCCAGCGGCUGAGAAUGCGGCGCGUGAGACGGCCGUUGCGCGGUUUACAGGCACUUUUAAGGGUCCUGAGGAACAUCUGACGGUCGCAAUGGACGAUACACUCGUGGUGCGUAACUGGACCCGUGGGGACGUCGAUGUACUAGCCAUGCAAGCUGCUAUGCAGUAUCCGGGGCUGGAGGUAUCAGUUGUCCUCAGGCUGUACCCAAUGGGAUUAGAAGGGAACGGAAGAAUGUCUUUCAGGGGUGUCUUUGAGGUAAAUGCGGUGGGUGAUUCGGAAGCACAGCCUGAUGCGAAUGCGACAGAGGAAAGUGCUGGUCCUUUCAGUGGUGGCUGCUUGUCAUGGGGAGGAGUGGACUCCCUGACCUAUGGUAACAUUGGGAUUGAUGAUUUUGAGUUUGAGGUUGAUCAGAAUGGCAAGGCAACUGGACUGACUGCAAGAGUCAUGAGAGAAACUCUCAAGAAGGUUUCUUGA